AUGGUGUCACUAUUAAUGAUAACAAUGAUUUGGAUGGUAACAUCUUUCUGGAGAAAUAUGAAGUUAAUUUUGACAACUCUGAAAAUGUUCUAUUGUUGGAGCUUGCUGGAGAUUUUAAGGUCAAGGAAAAUAUUUUCUACGAAAAUAAAUCCUGCAGUUGUGGAAGAUCAAAGUAAUGUAACCCCAACUAGUGUGAAUUAUCACUUUACCAGACAGUGCAAUUAUAAAUGCGGAUUCUGUUUCCAUACAGCAAAAACAUCUUUUGUUUUGCCUCUAGAAGAAGCUAAGAAAGGACUUUCCUUACUAAAAGCUGCAGGUAUGGAAAAAAUAAAUUUUUCAGGAGGAGAACCUUUCUUGCAUGAUAGAGGAAUCUUUGUAGGAAAAUUGGUGCAAUUUUGUAAAGAAGAGCUGAAACUACCCAGUGUUAGUAUUGUGAGCAAUGGAAGUUUGAUUACAGAGAGGUGGUUCAAAUCAUAUGGUGAACAUUUGGACAUUCUUGCAGUGUCUUGUGACAGCUUUAAUGAAGAUGUCAACAAGUUAAUUGGUCGUGGUCAAGGAAAGAAAAAUCAUGUGGAAAACCUUAUAAAGAUUAGAAAGUGGUGUUGUGAUUAUAAUGUGGCUUUUAAAAUAAAUUCUGUUAUCAACACUUAUAAUGUUGAUGAGGACAUGAACAAGGAGAUAAUGCAAAUCAAUCCUGUACGCUGGAAGGUCUUUCAGUGUCUUAUCAUACAAGGUGAAAAUUGUGGAGAAGAUGCAUUAAGACAUGCUGAGCAAUUUGUAAUUAGUGAAAAACAAUUUUCAGAGUUCCUGGAUCAUCAUAAGAAUAUUAAAUGCUUGGUCCCAGAGUCCAAUCAACAGAUGCGUGAUUCUUACCUUAUAUUGGAUGAAUAUAUGCGAUUUCUUGAUUGUAGAGAAGGACGAAAAGAUCCCUCAAAAUCUAUUCUUGAUGUGGGAGUGGAAAACGCAAUAAAAUUCAGUGGAUUUGAUGAGAAGAUGUUUUUUAAAAGAGGAGGAAAAUAUGUAUGGAGCAAAUCAGACUUAAACUUAGAUUGGUGA